AUGGCAGGCUCCGAAGGCGGCCGGUCGCUGCGGUUCUUCACCUGGGAGGAGAUCGAGCAGCGCAAUGGGCGGGGGUCGGCGCCCCAGGAGCGGUGGCUGGUGAUCGAGAGGAAGGUGUACGAUAUCAGCCAGUUCUACCGGAGGCACCCGGGAGGCUCCCGGGUCAUCAGCCACUACGCCGGGCAGGACGCCACGGAUCCUUUCACAGCAUUUCAUCUUGACAAGACACUAGUGAGAAAGUACCUGAGCCCACUCUUGAUUGGUGAACUGGCACCGGAUCAGCCCAGCUUUGAGCCCAGCAAGAAUCAAAAGCUGGUAGAAGACUUCCGUGAGCUCCGUGCCGCUGUGGAGAAGAUGGGGCUUCUCAACCCCAACCCUGCCUUUUUCAUCCUGUACCUCUGUCACAUCUUGAUGUUGGAUGUUGCAGCCUGGCUCACCAUCUGGUAUUUUGGAGCAUCCACAGUGCCUUUCCUUUUCUCUGCAGUGUUGCUAGGCACUGUCCAGGCCCAGGCUGGCUGGCUUCAGCAUGAUUUUGGACACCUUUCAGUCUUUAGCACAUCCAAGUGGAACCACUGGGUCCACAAGUUCGUGAUCGGCCAUCUGAAGGGAGCACCAGCCAGCUGGUGGAAUCAUCUCCACUUCCAACACCACGCUAAACCCAACUGCUUCCGCAAGGACCCCGACGUCAACAUGCACCCCUUAUUUUUUGCUCUGGGAAAAACACUCUCUGUAGAGCUUGGUGUACAAAAGAAGAAAUUCAUGCCUUAUAACCACCAGCACAAGUACUUCUUCAUCAUUGGUCCCCCAGCUCUGGUGCCUCUUUACUUCCAGUGGUACAUAUUCUACUUUGUGGUACAGCGGAAGCAGUGGGUGGACCUGGCCUGGAUGUUGUCCUUCUACAUCCGAUUCUCUCUCACCUACUGGCCCUUACUGGGGGUGAAGGGUUUGCUGGGGCUGAUCAUAUUAGUCAGGUUUAUAGAGAGUAACUGGUUUGUCUGGGUUACACAAAUGAAUCACAUCCCGAUGCACAUCGAUUAUGAUAAGAAUGUGGACUGGUUCUCUACCCAGCUCCAGGCAACCUGUAAUGUUCACCAGUCCUUCUUCAAUGACUGGUUUAGUGGACAUCUGAACUUCCAAAUUGAGCACCACCUUUUUCCUACCAUGCCUCGACACAACUACUGGAAGGUGGCCCCUUUGGUGAAGUCCCUGUGUGCCAAACACGGUGUUGAGUACCAGUGCAAGCCACUGCUCACCGCCUUCGCCGACAUAGUGCACUCUUUGAAGGAUUCAGGGGAGCUCUGGCUUGAUGCCUAUCUACACAAGUAAGCAGCAGUAGAUCCUUGCAGAGGAAAUCCCCACCCUUGUUGCCUCCCGUGGUGGUCACCGUGAAGAUACUGCACAGAGGGGAGAGAGGUGGCUAAGCCAGAGGUGGGGAGGUGGUGCUGCUUAAUUCCAUUGGUGAAUGUAAUUAAUAUGAUUUUUUUUU